AUGUUAUCUGCAGAAGACGAACAAAAGCAGCAGCAGCAGCAACAGCCACCAACAAACGCAUCUGCUCUUCAGUUGUCGAAAACAAACACUGUCUGUGAUACAAAUUCAAGUACGGGCCAGCAACCACGGUGUAUCGUGGAAACGAUAACCAUGACCACGGUUACCGAGAGGCAGAUCGUGCAGGAGACCAGGCCCGUGGACGCGCCCGGUCUUGACGGUGCCUGCAAGACCGAAGAUGUAAAAGACGUCACCGGUGCCACUGCCGUCGCCCCCGAUGAGGGGUAUGUAAUGAUUAAAUGUGGUAAUAAUACUAUGCUGUACAACAACCGGAAUCCAAACUCGGCAGUGAGACAGUUAUUUCCGACCACGAAAUUCGUAUGCCCGCCAACCCGCAUCAAGGAGACGGACGACGAAAGGCUGCUGAACAAAUACUUAAUCACGGAAGAGUCACUCCGGGCGUUUGACAGUCGAUCGAUGAACGGUGGCUUGGGCGGCGGAGGGUUCAAGAGCGAACCACACAGCGACGACGACGACGACGACACGUCGAACAGCCUUAUCAGGCGAACCAUCGAACGAAGUACUUUGAGGCGGAACACCGUGAAAAAAAAGAACGUCAACGACUCCAAAGAGAUAUCGCUGAUCGAGAAGAUCCGGCGGCUGACGUGUGACAGCGACGAUGAUGCAGAUGACUCUACCAAGAAGGCGUCGGGCGUCAUGCAGGAACAGGCGACCGCUUACACUGUGUUGGUGCAAUGUGAUUCAGGGACGCCGUCCACGACCACCACUACUCCGGCGUACAAAAAACUCACAGAAUUGUUGGGCAGUGGUAGUGGUGGUGGCCGGUAUGACCAACCACUGCCGCCACCAGUUGUUCAAUCGACGGCCGACGGUGACCCAAUUGGCAAAGCCGACGGAGUAGACCUAUGCGACGGUCACUCGGCUGCCAGCAGCAGAGCAGCCGUCCGAUCAGCGACCGGUGGAAAACCUUUCCUGUCCACUUUAGCGACGGCGUGCGUCACAGGCAACGUACAUCCGGCCACCGGAGGAUCGGUGGCGGGAGGCGCACCGCAAACAUCGCACUGUCCGCAACCAGACGUGGUAGCCGGCACUCAAGCUCCUAGCUCACACCGACAGGAAGAGCUUGCGGCGUUCGUGCAACAGGACUCGGGCCGCCUGGAGAAGAUCCGCAAGCGGUAUAUGCCACCCACGGCCACUGCGUCCGCGGCCGAGGACGAGGACGACGAAAACGAUGAUUACGGCUUCAACCGGCGACCGGAAGUUCAUGGAAUCCGCUCCGGGUUCUCUGCACAGAUCACCAUCAAGAACAAUCCACAGCCUCCUCAACGUCCCCGAUCGUACUAUGGUGAACCAGCCCUUCAGACGACGCCACUCGAUGUUCAGCCUGACUUUGUGCCCAGAUAUCAGGCGGCCGCGGUGGCGUCUGUCCGCGCUAGGAUCCAAGGUGACACGCGGGCCCCUCCACCAUACCCGGCCGCGUCCCAACGGUCUAUCAUCAGAGUGACGCACGGCCAACAGCAGCAGACCAUUCGCGUGCCGUACCAGGCGGUCGGUCCCGUCCAGGUCCACCUGUUAACCACAGCUGCAACGGCCGCGUCCACCGCCACCGGAAACGUCACCGGACAUCCGCCGCCGCCGCAGGUUCAAAUCCGACACCCGCCUAACGAGUACAUCGUCCAACACGGCCAUGCCAGAAUACACCAUGGCCAACAGUUUGUUAUCGCCCGCGGCACCCAGACGGCCGCGAUAUCGACCACUCGGUACUACCAGUUACCACCGCCCCCACCACCCAACAUUCAGCAGCAGCAGUUAUCGCAACCGCAGUUACCGCCGCACGCUUUCCAACCGUCUGACGAACAUCCGGCGACACAAUUUAAACAGACAUCUCCCACCAGAGGAGUUUCAGCCAAUAGUAGACUGCACAUGCAACAGCAGCAGCAGCAACAAGACUAUGUCGAUCAUAACUUACCAUCGUCGGUCUCGCAGACGCCCAAAAACCCUAUGCUUUUUUACGGUAUGAAUGUCUGA